GUUGGUGGUUCUAAUACUUCAAGUGCAGUUGGGCGAAUAAUGGGGUCUUUAUUCAAAGCGCUGUAUGUUUGGGGAGUUCUGUUGUUGAUGGGCGGCUAUUGCUACAGCUGGCGGAUUAGCAACAAGGAAAUCCCGAAGCCCAGCACUCGAGCCAGAGUGCGCCCCUACCAGUCCGGGCACUCCUAUCGUAAAGGGCAGGCCAUGGUAUCUCUUUCCCUGCAGGGCGAGGGAAGAGCUUCUGCAGCGGGCAAGACCGUCACCGUGCAGUGCCACGAGGCCACCGUGGAUAUCACGGUCAGCGCCGACCUCUACGGCAUCGGCACGCCCGUCCGCGCCGAGGAGUUGCGGCUCGGCCCGCUCUCGGCUGGCGGCUCCUGCGGCGCGGCGGCGGCCGGGUCCGGGGGCUCGUUCCUCAUCCGCGCCAACCUGAGCGACUGCGGCACCGCGCUCUCGUUUGUGGGUGAGAUGCUGAUCUACACCAAUCAGCUUUUCUACACGCCCGCCCCCUCUCCUGGCGGAAUUAUAAGGAUGAACGGCGCAGCCAUUCCCAUCGAGUGCCGUUAUGCCAGGAGAUACAACGUGAGCAGCAAUGCUCUGAAGCCAACCUGGGUCCCCUUCACCUCCACCAAGUCUGCAGAGGAUGUCCUGGACUUCACUCUGACACUCAUGAACGAUGACUGGAGCUCCAAGAGGUCCUCCAAUGUGUUCUACCUGGGGGAUGUCCUGAACAUCGAAGCCUCCGUCACCCAGGCCAACCACCAGCCCCUGCGGCUCUUUGUGGACAGCUGCGUGGCCACCUUGGUCCCUGACCAGACCUCCACCCCCAGCUACUUCUUCAUUGAGAACUAUGGGUGCCUGACUGAUGCCAGAGUGACCGGCUCCAGCUCUCAGUUCAUGCCAAGGUCAGUGGACACCAAGCUGCAGAUGAAGCUGGAUGCCUUCAGGUUCCAUCGGGAUCCCCGGAGCUCAAUCUACAUCACCUGCCGCCUGAAAGUGGCUCCAGUCUCCCAGGUGGACAUGAAGAACAAAGCCUGCUCCUAUACUGGUGGGAGGUGGAAGUCAGCAGAUGGGAGCGAUCAGGUCUGUGGCUGCUGUGAUUCCAGCUGUGGGAGUGGCUUCAAAUCCCGGGCUUCUCUCCGCUGGAAGAGAGGGGACUUGUCUUCCACGACUUGGUUGGACUGGAAGAGUGAUGCUACAGUGGGUCCCCUAGUUGUUUUGGAUGGGAUGCAGGACCCUUUGGAAGAAGCUUUUGUCUGAAUGAUGGGGCUGAUAACCUGGAUCUUCUGGGACCCUGGUCAGACAA